CCCUCCGAAGUAGGGGAAAGGGUAGGGGCGUAGCCUCGCUGGCACCGCCCCUAGCGCUUAAAGUCGGGCGUGGCGGGCGGGACCGCGGCGUCGCCGCCGGGGACCCGAGCACCGCCGCCCGCCCGCCGCCAUGGCCCUGCUCCGAGGUGUGUUCAUCGUUGCUGCUAAGCGGACCCCCUUUGGAGCUUAUGGAGGUCUUCUGAAAGACUUCACACCUACUGACAUGGCUGAGUUUGCUGCCAGGGCUGCCUUGUCUGCUGGCAAAGUCUCACCUGAAACUGUUGACAGUGUCGUCGUAGGCAAUGUCAUGCAGAGUUCUUCAGAUGCUAUAUACUUGGCAAGACAUGUUGGUUUGCGUGUGGGAAUCCCAAAAGAGAUCCCAGCUGUUACUAUUAACAGGCUCUGUGGCUCUGGUUUCCAGUCCAUUGUGAGUGGAUGUCAGGAAAUUUGUUCUAGAGACUCUGAAGUUGUCUUGUGUGGAGGAACUGAAAGCAUGAGCCAGGCUCCCUACUGUGUCAGAAAUAUUCGUUUUGGAACUAAGUUUGGAUCAGAGCUCAAGCUGGAAGACACUCUGUGGACAGGAUUAACAGAUUCACAUAUCCAAAUGCCGAUGGCAGUUACUGCAGAGAAUCUUGCUGUAAAACAUCAGAUAAGCAGAGAAGAUUGUGACAGAUACGCCUUGCAGUCACAGCAGAGGUGGAAAGCUGCUAAUGAUGCUGGCUACUUUAAUAAUGAGAUGGCACCAGUUGAGGUGAAAACAAAGAAAGGAAAACAGACAAUGCAAGUAGAUGAACAUCCUCGGCCCCAAACAACCAUGGAGCAGUUAAAUAAACUUCCUCCAGUGUUCAAGAAAGAAGGAACCGUUACUGCAGGGAAUGCAUCGGGGGUUUCCGAUGGUGCUGGAGCUGUUAUCAUAGCGAGUGAAGAUGCUGUUAAAAAACAUAACUUCACACCACUGGCAAGAAUUGUGGGCUAUUUUGUGUCUGGAUGUGAUCCCACUAUCAUGGGUAUUGGUCCUGUCCCUGCUAUCAGUGGGGCACUGAAGAAAACAGGGCUGAGUCUUAAGGAUAUGGAUUUGGUGGAAGUGAAUGAAGCUUUUGCUCCUCAGUAUUUGGCAGUUGAAAAGAGUUUGAAUCUUGACCCAAGUAAGACCAAUGUGAAUGGAGGGGCCAUUGCUUUGGGUCACCCAUUAGCAGGAUCUGGGUCAAGAAUUACUGCACAUCUGGUUCAUGAAUUAAGACAGCUCCGAGCCCACGACCGUGCUGAUCUCCCAGCCAGGAGGAAAGACAGUCUACCAAGUGGGAGAAACUCUGUCCCACAGGCUUCUGUGUGUCCAUGAUGAUGUGCGCCUGGGCCCACGCUCCGUGGAGGAAAGGAGACCUCCUUCUGAAAAGACGAUGGCUGAGCGAGGACAGAGCACGCUAUGAAGGGUGCGCUGGUGCUGAGCCCCUUUCUAAACGGCUGAAAGCCACGCAGCCUGUCCAGCUCUUUGCGACCCCGUGGACUAGAGAGUACAUGGAAUUCUCCAGGCCAGAAUACUGGAGUGGGUAGCCUAUCCCUUCUCCAGGGGAUCUUCCUGACCCAGGAAUCGAACCGGGGUCUCCUGCAUUGCAGGAGGAUUCUGUACCAAUUGAGCCAUCAGAAAUUGGUGCCAAAGUCCAAGCAGCCAUUCUGUGGGCCGGCCACUGGCCCUCGGGGUGGCAGGGUGUGGAACCCUGCGCAGUUGGGAUGCUCUGCGCUCACAGUGACUAACUGACCUGGCAGUCAGCUUCUUGCUCUGGAGAGCUGGGCUGUGCGCCAUUUCCAGGGGCAGGUUAUGACUCUGGAAGCCAAGAAGGAGAAGAGAAAGCAGGAGGUGCUGGGUCACCACUGGGCUGAUGAUAGCAUGGCUACUGAGGUGCACACCCAGAGCUUUCUCAGUGCCCUGGUCAAACCCCCUCACCUGAGCUGCGCUAAGUCUCUACUUUCCGCUCCCUCUCAAGAAUGCAGCCAACACAUGGGACUUCUCUUCCCACUCAUCCUGAGCCACCUCAGUCUCCAGGAUUUCUAGACUCUCAUCCCCAGCCUCGCUGUCUGGCCGGCCCCUGUAUGUCUUGUCUGGUGAGACUCGCUCCUAGCCACCCGGCCCACGUGUGCUGGGGAGACUCAGAGCCCCUGGGCUGCCUGACGCUGCCCCUUCAGGCCUGCAGGCCCGUGUGCUGGGGUCCACAGCACAGAAUUCUCCAUGACCACGGCCACACUGGGGUUCACUAACAGAGUUACUGUCCUCCUCCCCGGAUGGCCAGAGGACAGGGAAUCUUGGUUCAUAGAGAAACCACAAGCCAUGUUUUUCAUAUCAGUGCUAUCAGGAACUAUAAGAUAAACAUUAUUAACCCCGAGAACGACAAUAAACCCACAGAGAGAGUCUCUUAGAGUCACCAGAGGGCUCGGUGUACCGGUGACAAGCAGUAACCCUGCCUUGUGGUGGGAACAGCAAGGAGUCUUCAUGUUCUCCCAGGCUCCGAGUGGAGGAAAAUCUGUGAGGAUUUGAACCACAAGCCCCUCCUCAUACAGGCUUGUGGUUUGACUUCACACUAUCCACACAGUUCAAAAAACCACCCCAAAGCGGAGACUGAAGUGGUACCCAGGUGCCGAACAGAAAUGACUGCAGCCCUCUCUGGAAGAGCCUACCUUCAAUUAAGUAAGUUGCAUCCCAGCUUUAGAGAUGCUAACGGAAUGAGCAGCAGAUAAUCAGUCAAGCAGGAUGGCUCUAAUUUUAUAAAGCGUUGGAAAGCAAUAAAAUGUACCAAAGAUUAAAACUG